UUCAACUUCUCCUCGCCCACCAUGCAGAACCAGAUCCACGAGCUCGCAAAGACGCUGCCACCGCCGCGAAAGCAGAACACCGCCUGCGAUGCCUGCAGAGCGCGUAAAGUCAAGUGCAACCAGAUCCCCGGCCAGGAGAAGUGCCAGCACUGUCUGUCCAAGAACUACCCGUGCACUCAUUUCAUUCAGCAAGCUACCACUGAGAAGAAACGUCAUGCUGCGGCCACCAAGCGGCCACGCACUCUGUCUUCUGGUAGCUCGAGGUGGGCUCACUUUCACAGACUAGGCACAACCGCCCCUGCAGAACACCUGGUCUCCUCCCCGCUUUCAGGCCCGUCCCCAUAUCAGCAACCACCCCCGCCAUUUUCUCCGCUGGGGCCCACAUCGCGAGUGCAACACAUCACUACAGAUACACAAACCCGUGACCUGCUCGCGUACAUAUUCUCGCCCCCAGAAACAAGCGCCCCAGGGAUGCAUCUCAAUGGAUCCGCGGCCAGCAGAUUGGCUGCCGCGACGCCGGCGGCAUACGCACAGUGGGGUGCCCUUGCGCAUCGUCUAACGGAAGACAGCUUCCGGACCGAGUUCGCACUCGACCUCGUGGAGGUCUUCUUCCAGAUCGUACAUACCCGGCUACCCCUGCUCAACCCGAGCCAAUUCCGGUCACGACUGCACAGUAGCCUAUCAAGCGGUGGCACGUCCCCGAGCUCACCGCCGGGCAGUGCGGUCUCGCGCGCGCGGAACAGCAGCAGUCCGCCGAAUGGCAGCAUGUCGAUCGAUUCUCCGAAGCCUCUACACCCAGGUCUGGUGGCAACAGUCGUGGCGUGGGGUGCAAAGUUUUCGGAACACCCGCUGUGCAUCGCCGACAGACAUCAAAAUCACGGCCAGAGCACGUUUGCGAAGGCUCUCAUCAAUCGUGCACGAGAUCUGGCCGAGGAUAUGAAGGUCCACAGGAUACCCAGCGCCGACCACGUGGUGAUAUCGCUGCUGCUCGAGCCGCUGCAGAGUCAGAGUUUGGAAGACAACGCAGGAUUCCACGGCUUUUGGCUCGGCUCCGCAAUACGAUUGUUGCUCGACCUCCAGAUAAACCACAAAUCGGUUAUGUCCAACAUCGAGGACCCGGAAGCGCGAGGCACCAUGAUCUUUGCGUGGUGGAUGGCAUGUCUUGCCGAUGCAUACCGGAGUGUUUAUUAUCGGCGAAAACCUAUGUUAGAUGACGACGACUACGAUAUCGACUUCUACACCGUGGGCCCCGUCCCUCCAGAACUUAUUGAAUCGCACGCACCGCAGCCGUCACCCAGGGAACAGUUGGAGUUCUUGGUAAGAGUCGCUUCGGGACCAUCGGAUGGAAGUGCGGUCGCGGACCCGCUGACCGGGGCUCCUGUUCACGACCAGGGUUACUAUCGGGCGGCGCACGCACUGGCACGGAUCGCAAGACAAAUGUCACGGCAGCUAUGGCGGCCAGCGACCGAGUCUGAUGGUGUCCCGCUCGAAGUCCUCACUGGAUUCAUGACGUGCCUGAACGAGUGGAGGGACGAGCAUCUGCAGCACGUCGGGGUGCCAAGUAACUUCGAGGCGGAGUGGGAUUUUGUCAGCGCAGUCACUGCAUGUGCGAGCGACGCCACGUACCAUAUCAUGUGGAUCAUCCUGUUCAACGCCCUUGAUGACUUCGGGCUGCGGGAGGUGAACGAUGUGACACGGACAGGCGUGUCUGAGACGCUGUUGCCUCAGCACUCCCACAUAGAGGAGAAGAAGCGCAAGGUGUCGAACGAGGCUCUCCACGGUGCGCUGCGCAUCGCCGGCUUGGCCGGUGUCUUGGCGACUAACGGCUACUUGCGGCUCGACUGCGCAGUCAUGCACGUCAGCUGCAUCCACUCGGGUAUGCUGCUCGCGCGCUUCGGGCGCCCGGAGGUUGCGAACUGCAUAACCGGGCUCGAGCAGUACGCGUACGCAUACGAGGAGUGCGCAUACUCGGCGGCCGAGAUCCGGAGGGUGUACGACCAGGCCCUCGCGGGCGAAGUCGAGUGGAACAACAUGGCGUCCGUCAUCCCCCGCGUCGGCGGGAGCGGGGACCCGAUCACCAGCACGGGCGCGAGCUCUGGGGCGGGCGGAGGGAGCAACGCGAUGAACGUGGACCAGCCGAUGUUCCCUGCGUUUUCGUGA